CGCCGGGCUCAAUCUUUUGAUUCUCGAUUUGGUGCUUCGCUCGAUCGUUUCGUGGUCUCCAGAGACCUUUUACGCCCGUCUCUUCCUUGGGGUUACCAAGGGUUUGUUUUGGAGAUCUGCCCAAAGGAAUCCGGAAUUUCCAAACGGGAAGUCUAUCUUCUUCAAGUCCUCACCGUCUGUUCGAGCCGUUUUUCUGGAUUUCCUCUCGAUCCAGGGGUGUUUAGAGUUCCAAAAUGGGUAAGAAUCAGGCUUACAAGGCGAUGCAGAGGUCGAGGCUAGGUUCGUCCUCUGCUGGGCCGGAGGAGGUCGAGGACGGAAUGACGGAUGGUUCAUUUCAUUCACCAGAGUGGCAUGCUGCUCGUUUGGCCAGCUUAAAAACAUCCCACACCGUAACAUGGGAAGAAUUCAAGAAAAAACAGAAGGAGGAUGAGCUCAAAAGAGAUGAGCUUGAGGCUGACAAGGAUAGAAUGAUGAGAGAAUACAGAGCUCAGUUAGAUGCUGAAAGGGCUAGGAAGCUGGCCCUUGGAAGAAACCACUCUGCCAGUAAAUCACAUCACAAAAAAGACCGGAAGAGUAAAGAGUCAAAGAAACGAAGUAGCAAGAAGAGAAAGCACAAGAGAUCAUCUGAGUCAAGCUCCUCUGGUUCGCCCUCUGAAUCAUCGAGCAGUGAUGAUGAUUACGACAGCAAUGAUGUUAAAGAAUCAAGGAGAUCUAGAUCUAAGAGAUCAAAGAAGAAAAGGAAGCAUAGAUCAAGGGCAAAACACUCGAGCAGCAGCUGCAGCGACAGUGAGGAGAGUGACGGGCCAGUACGACUCUCCAAGUUCUUCGGAGUUACAGUUGCAAAGAGAUAGACCUUGCCAGUGCCUGGUGCCUUCAAUCAAUGGUUCCCUCACACUUGUGCCUUGUGGAUGUCUCCCUUCUGAUGAAUGUGAAAUUGGUUGUCAGCCUUGUAUCUCUAGAUUCAGAAUUGUGAUAUCAUUUGGGAUGCUACUAGGAAAACAUAUUGCAAUCUUUCUGUGCUUUAACAUUAAUUCCAGUAAUUUUCAAAUUGUCGAAUUAAUUACAAUU